GGUGGCGCGGGCAGGCGCUUCUCUCGCUCCUCCUCCUCCGCCUCCGCCUCCUCCUCUUCGUAGCGCGGUGGCGGCGGGUAGACUGCGGCCACAGCCCCGUAGCUCCCCGCCGAAGCGGUGCGGCCUCUGUUCCCUCCUAAUCUCCGUCGCUGCCCGAUCCCGGCGCGAUGUCGGGCGGCGCGGCUGGCGGCCCCAAGCCUCUUCCGUCCUCCGGGCCCAAGUCGCUGCGGGAGAUGCCGCAUCCUCUGGCCACGUCCAGCAGUGAGGAGAUGGGGCCGGCGCUCACCCCCAGCCCCGACCUGCUCCUGCCUCGCAGUAUCGCCGACAAGGAUCUUAGUCUACCCAAUGGCACGCCUGUGGACACUUCUAGCCCAGCCUCCUCCUCCUCUCUCCUCAACAGACUGCAGCUGGAUGAUGACUUCGAUGGGGAAACCAGAGACCUCUUUGUUACUGUUGAUGACCCCAAAAAACACGUGUGCACAAUGGAGACAUAUAUCACAUACAGGGUUACGACAAAGACCACACGAGCAGAGUUUGAUUUGCCUGAGUAUUCUGUCCGCCGGCGGUACCAAGACUUCGAUUGGUUGAGAAACAAGCUGGAAGAGUCUCAGCCAACACAUCUCAUUCCCCCUCUUCCUGAGAAAUUUGUGGUGAAAGGCGUUGUCGAUCGCUUUUCUGAAGAGUUUGUGGAGACGAGGAGGAAGGCAUUAGACAAAUUCUUGAAGAGAAUAACUGAUCACCCAGUGCUUUCAUUUAAUGAGCAUUUCAACGUGUUUCUCACAGCCAAGGAUCUCAAUGCUUAUAAAAAGCAAGGAAUGGCAUUGCUAUCAAAGAUGGGGGAGUCUGUCAAAUAUGUCACAGGAGGCUACAAAUUAAGAAGUCGACCACUGGAAUUUGCAGCCAUUGGGGAAUAUUUAGACACAUUCUCUCUUAAGCUUGGUACCAUCGACAGAAUAGCACAACGGAUUAUCAAGGAACAGCUGGAAUACUUGGUGGAACUACGAGAGUAUGGACCUGUGUAUUCAACCUGGGGAGGGCUGGAAGUUGAACUGUCAGAGCCACUGGAAGGAGUGUCUGCCUGCAUUGGGAACUGCUGCACUGCUCUUGAAGAACUGAGUGAAGAAAUGACAGAAGACUUCCUGCCUGUGCUUAGAGAGUAUAUAUUGUACUCAGAGUCAAUGAAGAAUGUGUUGAAGAAGAGAGACCAAGUUCAAGCGGAGUAUGAAGCAAAACUGGAAGCAGUAGCCUUGAAAAAAGAAGACCGUCCAAAGGUACCCACAGAUGUUGAGAAAUGUCAAGACCGAGUAGAAUGUUUCAAUGCUGACCUGAAAGCGGAUAUGGAGAGAUGGCAGAACAACAAAAGACAAGACUUUAGGCAGCUGCUCAUGGGGAUGGCAGAUAAGAACAUUCAGUACUAUGAGAAGUGCCUUACGGCGUGGGAGUCAAUUAUACCACUAUUGCAAGACAAGCCAGAGACCAAAUAAGAAGUACUUUCAUGGACAGUCUAGCACUUCUGUGCUCAGUACCACUAGACAUACUGGAACUGUAUGAAGAACUCCUUUUGUCAAGCUAACUGAAAUGCCAGCUGCACUUAAGCUGGAACAGAUGCUCUGAAAACUCUUUGAAAUGUUUUUUUUUUUCCCUCACUUUCUCUGUUUCAACUGGGGUAUGUUUCAUCUUUUUGAGUUAUCUUGAAUGGUUCCUUCUUUAUCCUAUGGAGUGAUUGGGGGUUUAUAGUGAAAGUGCACGGGGAUCUUUAUAAAACUUACCUCUUUAGUCUGGAAGGAACUGAUGAGUUGAACACUAAAAAGAUGAAAAUAAAACUCUACUGCAAGGUGCCAAA